AUGAACGGUUUGCUUGUCAUUUUUGCUGGGUUUAUUUUUUACCAAAUAACCCCGAUUCGAGCUGAAAUUCCAACUUUAACUCCCAGAGAAAACAUUGUCUAUCAGAAACUAAAAAAACUGGACUGCGGAACCUUAUCAAAUGCCAUUCCAGUCCAAAGACUGCGUCAUCGGGUCACGAAUGGCCGAAGGGUCUCCCUGAUGUCCCAGCCUUGGAUGGCGCUGCUCUUUAUUCCAGGUGAUAUGGAUGCUUGUCGCUGUGGAGGCACUCUUAUUUCGGAAAGAUUUGUUUUAACUGCUGCCCACUGCAUUAAACUGUGUAAUAACUCAAACGCAUUAAGAGUACGACUGGGAGAGCACAAUAUAACAUCCAGUGAAGACUGCAUUUCGGCGGAUCAAAAACAGUUGUGUGCUCCGCCUGUGGAAGACUUUGAAAUCGAUCAGACUGUAAUUCACGAAAGAUUUUCACCUUUUUACCAUGGCUAUGACAUUGCCCUGCUGAGAUUGAGCCAAGGGGUAGUCUUCAAAGAUCACAUCCGACCCAUUUGCCUUCCACUGACAGCGGAACUUCUGGAGUAUACCACAGUCCUGGGGCAAUCCUACUUGGCAAUGGGCUGGGGACAAACCGAGGAGCUCCGCCUUGCCGAUACCCUGAUGGAGGUCUAUGUUAAUACGGAGCAGUGCUCUGCGGAUACCCAUGAAUCGUUUUUGUGCACCAACGGUGACAUUCAGGACACUUGCAAAGGCGACUCUGGUGGGCCGCUAGCCUGGCAGAGUUUGUAUUUUGGCUCAGCAAGACGUCAGGUGCAAUUUGGAAUCACUAGCUGGGGCAGUUGGCCCUGUGGGCGAGGUCUAAAGGCCUACUACACAAAUGUAACCACCUUUAUGUUUUGGAUAAUCGAAAAGCUUGCGGAGUUUCCCAAUUUGUAA